CACAGGAAGACUCGAACCAACGCCUAACAAAGAUGUUGAACAGCCAACUACUAGCCUGUAUCCCGUGGGCAAUGUCACCAAUAGAUGUAUGCCAGACUGCUAAUUGUUGAACAAUCCUAACCGUGCUGACACUGACUGGUGGAUAGUGACAGUGCAAACUGCUCGAGAAAGACACGCUUCAACAAAGGAUUACACUUCAACAGGAUUUUUCUCUAACAUAGGCACACACACACACACACAUACACACACACACACACACAAACAUUCCGUCGGUUAAAAGUGAAAGUGUUGUUGAUAAGCAACUGGUGUCAGAAUGACAACUUUGAACAACUUUAACUUCUCACGACCACGAUGCGCUGACUCCCUUCCAAGGGUGCCUCCGUACAACGAAAAUAUCCAUGUUCAACCACUAUACCCUCAGGCCACAGGAUGUAUGCCCCCAGGCUGUACUCCCGUAGCUCCGGGCUUAACGGAGUACACAGAAAUUGAAAAUCGGCUCCGAUCAACUGACCAAGGAGGACGCCGUUCGGGAACCCAAACUCUCGGCCGCUCGGUGACUGCAGGCACCAUAUUUGGGGUCUAUGGCGUGUCAAGUGACACUGCUACCUCCGCCCACGUCGGAGUCACUAGGGGUAGCACUCUCGGUGCGCAAGGCCGAAGUACCACAAGAUGGUCCACAAUGGCAAAAAGAAGCUCUUUAGGGCAUGCUUUAUUCCUAGAUAAAGGCGGUAACGCUCUGGAUGACUUUUACCGUGGCAUUGACAUAAAACCAUCGCGGUGUAUUGUUGGCAGGCAAACAUCCGCUCGGCCCCACCAUGUCUGUUAUUCGCUACAAUGUCCCUGUCAACCGGCGUCAUCAUCCGUUUCGAUUGCAUCUCGUGCUGGCGCUCCUACCGCGCCAACUAUUGCAACAAUCUCAGAUAAUCUCCCUCCAUCCGUGUCAGCUUACUACACGCGGCAAGUUCAGCCGCAAGGACCGAUGCAACAGGAAACUCCAACAGCGUCCUUCGACCUGGAACGGUUCCGUCGUCCUGUCGAAUCACCCGCUUUAAGCGAAUCACACAGUUCGUUGGCAAGCUCGCAACAGCAGCAGCAGCUGCACCACGGACAGCCUUCACCAGCGCAGCAAAAGUUAAACAAUUCUGGACCUCACCGGAAGGAUGGCUAUCAUGAUCUGGAGGAGACAUCAUCAGAGUCUAGCUCAACGCGAAUUCCUUCUCGUAUGAGCGGAGAUCCGAACGUCACUACUUCCACAGAAAACGACACUCGUCAGCUUAUGAAAGGAGGAUCGGACAAUCCAGCCAAUAGUCCUCCACCACCUUACUCGGCCUACUGCGCUGUGCCCUCAUUGACAACAACUACCACAACGACACUGAUCCAACAUGCGAUUCUGCCGAAUAAGGAAGAAAGUAGAUUGUAUUCCAAGUUGCCUCCAUCGUCUCGGCAGACCCUAGUUCGUGCUGUUCAGUGUUCAGCUGCGCUGAUAGUGCUGCUAACAGCCUUGUGUAUUCUGGUGCUUGUGGCAUCACGGGGAGGUGAUGAGGGCGGACGUGCGACGCUGCAUUCCGACGACUUCUUUGGUGAUUCGAUGUCUAACAGAAUUGGUCCUGGCGCGCUCGCUGUGGUGCCGGCCCCUACUGACCUUGUAGACAGAUCUCAGGUGAUCAUUGUCAACCGUCGCAAUCCAACCCAGUCAGCCGAACAAGCCGCGCAGUUAUCUGACUUGUUAACGCUGGUAGGCGCGUACAAUGCGACAACACAGGACGCUGCCUUUCCAUCGCAACUUAUCCAAACUGUCCAGCCCGGUUGUACCAUGGAAGAACAGUUUGGAUAUCGACGUGGCGAGCCUUGCGUAGCAAUUGUGCUUCGCCCUAAUCCCGUUUUCGUGCCCGUACUGUUGCUCGAGGCGGCUGGCGCUUCAGAUGUCACCGAUCGUAGCAGCAAUCUGUUAGAACUUCAGUGUCUCUGCGAAAAUAGACGCAGUGUUAAGAUUGCCUACUUACCGUUCCGCGGCUUCCCAUUGCGUUUUUUCCCGCGCUCAGCACGUGCCUCACCAUUACUUGUUAUGUUGCGAUUCGAAGAUCUACCACUUAAAACCGAACUACGCAUCUCGUGCGGCCUUCGCGGUGCUCAAAACGUUGAUACACGCAGUGAUCGGGUCAAUUUCCAGAUAAUGGUCAUCUAGGGAGCAGCUUUUUUUAUCAGAUCUAGGAAAGAUGUUCCGUUGGAACUGUGGUCGACGCAGGUUUUGCUAAACGAGGUCGUUGGAUAUAACUGAUAAACGUGUGGCACGGGCCAUCGUUGACCAUAUUUCCUCACAUGCUGAAGCCCCAAAGAAUCAAUCGUUCCUAAAAUAAAAGUUCAAAGUAAAAGACCAACGACAGUAACAGCUAUAUGCUAAACUUAUCAUGAAACGCUACAUACACAUAUACACGUUUAAGGCAGAUUUUUUAAAACCGAGAAUGAAGUAAACAAGCAUGCAUAAUGAUCAAUUCAUAGACACGCACACACCGACUCAUAUAGACUUAGAAACAUAUGAACAUCGAAUUACAUCAUAUAGGAGACAAGCCUGAAAAAUUGAGUGGCACGUGACCUUAGAAUUUAGACGCGUGUUUUUAAUGUACAGCAAAUGACAGUGUUGUCAACCUAUAAUAUAAAUAAGGCGCGUAUAAUAGGAUUUUUUCUACGUACCUUUCAAGCAAUUUAGUACUGAAACAACGUUAUCAAGGAGAGGAACGUGAACGAUGGUUUGUUGUGAUGUUUCGAUCAUCCAUUAUUGUUACUAUUCACUAUACACGGCGAAAAUAACAGGCGUUAAAAAAGCGCUAUGGUGCUGGUUUGCUCAUCGGUGGUUUGACAUCACGUAUUUGACGUCGUUCAUAAUGUGUAUGACGUGGCCAACUUUCGCACUAAGGGUUCUCACCGGCAGAUUAAUAUAAGUCUAGUAAUACAAAUAAUUAUUCUAAUUGACGUAAUGUUAAUAAUAAUACUGAAAGUAAAAGCAAGAAGAACAUGAAGCGUUGUGAAGAAUAUGUAACGAACUAUAAACUGACGUGGCAGAGUUUAUAAGUUUUAUCGCAGGUAAGUCGAUAGGAAUGUCAAGAGAAAAGUAGCUGUAAACAAUCACAUUUGUACAUAUUCAAUUGCACUGAUGGAAGUGGCUGAAAAUGGGCGGUUGAAAACCAAAAAAAAAAUUGAAAACAGUUUUCCAAUUUUAUGCUGUAGUUUUAGUCUAAAAGAGGCAGUGACUAUAAUAUUAUUAUCACACUUACGGCAUAAUUUGUUCAUAAUAAUAAUAAUAAUAAUAAAAAAAUAUUAGAUGAUAGAGUUUCUAGUCGUCUUACAAAUGGACAUCGAAAAUCAUGAUAUUGUCGGAAAAUAUGA